AUGGCGGACAAGUUCUCUGUACAGAGGCACAAACUGUACAGGCCAGAGUCGGCCCUACAGGGUCUGCUAAACAACAUGCUACAACGUCUUGAAAAAGCGUUCCAAAGAUUCUGGCAACGGCUCAAGGCUCGGAUGUCGACCCCACAUACCCAGCAUCAAGUGAGAAAGCAUAAUGUUGGGAGCCGCAACCCCACAAGAAAAUGUGAGACUAGGUCCGUGCCUGCCACGGCUGAGGCCCACUCCGACCAAAAGAAUGAAACCUCGAUGGCGGAGAAUCAACACCCAUAUGCAGCGGCUGCCGGGCACACGACCUCCAAAGUCUCACCUGCCUGUACACGUACUCAGGAACCUACGACAUACACGUGGCUCUGGGCCCUGUGGUAA